AUGAGAACCGCUGUUAAGUCUCACGAGAAAGUAAAAGGACACUGGAAGCCAAAGGAUGAUGUUAAGCUGCUAUGUUGGUAUAGAAAAUAUCCUAAUCAAUGGCAGAUAAUAUCAGAAGCAAUGGGAAAAGGACGUAGUCCAAAGCAAUCGAGAGAAAGAUAUAUGAAUCAUCUGGAUCCUCGAAUAGACCAUAGUCCUUUAACGCUUGCUGAGCGGACCGAUAUUUGGCUCUUGUAUUUCUGGUUUGGUAACAGUUGGGCUUCGAUUGCAUCGCUUUUUCCUGGACGAACAAGUUUGCAAGUGAAAAACUACUGUAUGAGUAGAUUACGAUCAAUCAAAACAAGGAAAAAUUUUGAGGAAAAUACACUUCUUCCGUCUUUAGACUCUCCGACUGGUUUACUCCUUUCAAGUAGUCAGAUAGAUCGAAUGAGAGUAAAUUUUCUCUUAAAUUAA